AUGCAAUUGAACAUGCCUUCAAGACAUUCCAGAUCGCACUCCCGAUCAUCAAGCACAAGUACCAGGAGACCCUCUCUGACAAGACAUAGGUCAUCUCAACGGUUAGUUCGCACGAUAAGUAUAGAAUCCUUCGAUUCACUGUCCCUCGAACCCACUGCUGCCUCUUCAGAACCACCACAAACACCUCCAACAUUUACAUCGGAAGAAUCCACAGAAUACAUAGAGGUACCCUUCGUGAAGGCAAGCUUGGACCCGACUUUACCGCAAGACUAUCUAAAGGAUGAUAUCCUCAAUCUAAUAAUACAGUUACAAAUUCCCAAAUGGUACCACCAUAGAAACUCCACUACCCGUGAACAACUUCAAUUGACCAAAAUAAAGGGUGCCAUGACGAACGCCAUCUUCAAAAUCGCAUACCCAGGCCUCCCCUCUCUUCUACUUCGAAUUUACGGACCCAAUAACGACACUAUUAUUGAUAGAGAGUAUGAGUUGCAAGUUUUAGCACGUCUUUCCGUGCGUCAUAUUGGGCCCUCUCUGUUUGGAUGCUUCUCUAAUGGUAGAUUCGAGCAAUUCCUCGAGAACGCAACCACGUUGAAUAAAGACGAUAUAAGGGACUGGAAGAUAUCACAACGGAUCGCUAGAAGAAUGAAGGAACUACACAUUGGGGUACCCUUAUUACCACAGGAGAAGACACAUGGACCUGCUGCAUGGCAGAAGAUUGUCAAAUGGAUGGAUGUGUUAGACAAGGGUGAUUACGCAUGGAUCGCCCAGGACAAGAACAUUCAGGAUGUGUUGUUUUGUAGGGACUGGUCUCAUUUUAAGAAGGUGGUCAAUACAUACCAAACAUGGCUCUCUAAGCAAGCUGGAUCCUCCAAUUUGGUAUUCUGUCACAACGAUGCACAAUACGGUAACUUACUAUUCAGUGCGCCUUUGGUCCGAUCACAAUCCACAGAUACAAUUACGGAUUCCUCUGCACCCAUAUCGACAGUUUCAUCGACAGGAUCAUUGUUCCCAGUCACAUCCAAAAUCCAAAUUGAUGCCAUCAUCAAACCCACCCGUCAAGAACAGAGUCAGGAUUCCAAGCUCGUCGUCAUAGAUUUCGAAUAUUCCGGCGCCAACCCAGCAGCAUACGACUUGGCUAACCAUUUCAGUGAAUGGAUGUACGAUUACAAUGGCUCUGAACCACAUAAGGCAUCGCAGGACAUGUGGCCCACGAAGGAACAAAUCUUAAAUUUCGUUUAUUCAUAUGUGUCACAUUUGAGAGGUGGUGCCAGGGACCCCAUAGAUGAGGAAGUGAAAAUGUUAUAUAAUUCUAUCUUGCAAUGGAGAGCUACAGCUCAAUUGUUUUGGUCUAUUUGGGCUAUCUUGCAGAGCGGGAAAUUGGAUGACAAGAGCAAGCAGGAGCAAGAAGUAUUGUUCGAUGGACCCAAUGGAGAACAGUACAUUAUCAAGACUGAUAAGGAGCAAGAUGAGACAGGUGUAGACGAUGUGUGCGACGAAGAAGAAGAGGAGGACGAGGAGAAGAAGGGAGGUGUCGAUAUCGAUUCAUUCGAUUACAUGGCUUACUGUAAGGAUAAAAUCACUUUGUUUUGGGGUGAUCUGAUCAAAUUUGAUGUGGUGGAUGCCGCUGACUGUUACAAACCCGAUUCAGUGAGAUAUCUGGAUACUGAACUUAUAUAA